CGCACACAGUCGUCACUAAUGGAAAAGCGAUAGUUGGAGUGUUUUUAUAAUUGUCUGUGUAUUUUUCGGAGGCUUUAAAGCCAGAGUGUAACUUAGCCGAGUUCUUCCAAGCGGAGGAAGUUUGCGGUGGCCGAGGAAACAGGACAGGAAACCAGGGAAACAUGGAGGACCCCGGCUCGGCCCUGGAGAAGAAUGUGGCCGACCUCACGGUGAUGGACGUGUAUGACAUCGCCGCGGUGGUGGGCCAGGAGUUUGAGCGGAUCAUAGACCAGUACGGCUGCGAGGCUCUGUCCAGGCUCAUGCCCAAAGUGGUGCGGGUGCUGGAGAUCCUGGAGGUGAUGGUGAGCCGCAGCUGCAUCAGCCCGGAGACCGAGGAGCUGCGACUGGAGCUGGACAGGCUGCGGCUGGAGAGGCUGGACCGGCUGGAGAAGGAGAAGAGGCACAGGAAGGAGCUGGAGCUGGUGGAGGAUGUGUGGAGAGGAGAAGCUCAGGAUCUGCUCUCCCAGAUCGCUCAGCUGCAGGAGGAAAACAAAACCCUCCUCACCAACAUGUCUGUCAAAGACCCCCUGAGUGAGGAAGACCUGCAGAGGCAUGAGGGUACGACAGAGAGAGAGAGGCAGGUGAUGAAGAAGCUUAAAGAAGUGGUGGACAAACAGAGGGACGAGAUUCGAGCCAAGGACCGUGAGCUCACACUGAAAAACGAGGACGUAGAAGCACUCCAGCAGCAGCAGUCUCGCCUUAUGAAGAUCAACCACGACCUGCGUCAUAAGAUCUCUGUGGUGGAGGCUCAGGGGAAAGCACUGAUUGAACAGAAGGUGGAACUGGAGGCCAGCGCUCAGGCCCGGGGGCAGGAAGUCAGCGCCCUUCGGCAGGAAGUUGCACGAUUAAGGGAGCGACUGCAGGGAGAGAAACCUGUCCAGAGCCUGGAGGAACCCCCACCUCAGCCCCCCUCACCUGCAGAGGAGGCCUUGUGCGAGGAGGAGACGGGGGGCCUGGACCCAAGGGACCCCAACCGGCCCCGGUUCACCCUGCAGGAGCUGAGGGACGUCCUCCACGAGAGGAAUGAGCUCAAGGCCAAGGUGUUCCUGCUGCAGGAGGAGCUGGCCUACUACAAAAGUGAUGAAACCGAAGAUGAGGCCGUUACCUCCGUUCCUUCUCCCUCCCCUGAGCUGAGGAAUCGCUCGCGCUCUGCAGUCCAGCCAGAGUCUGGGAUCAAACGCCUGUUUAGUUUCUUCUCACGUGACAAACAGCGAACGCCACAGCGGAGCGGCCAGUUUGACGGCGGCCUUGGCUCAUAUCCAGGGAAGGAUGACGUGUACACAGAACAAGCCCAGGAGGCGUUACAGCACAUCUAGACAACCUCCCAGACUCUCAACACUCCAUAUCCAUCACUCGAGGCUCACGAAGCAUCGACCGCACACCAAACCACCACUAUUGACUCACACCGCAACUGAAAGCUCACGUGCAUGAGGUGGGAAGAUGGACACAAAGAAGCGUGAACAGAUCACCUCGAAUGAAGCUCCAGAAGAGAAAUUCCUCCAAAACUUUUAUUCAAACACAAAAGAACUGUAUCUCUAUAAGUGAUGCCACAUGCAACCUGAAAAUACUUUGAAGGUUUGUACAGGAUCAGAUGACAGUGAUCUGCAGAGGGUCAACUCAAGUCGUAGGAUGGAAAGUGGGAAGUUGUUUAGUGACGUGUUGCUGAAAGUAAAGAGUGGGCGACACGCGGAGGUUGGGACUCAGAAGUGUGUGGUCUCAAACUACACAACUUAAUCAGGUGAAGAGAAUGAAGUUGAGCUUUAAAGCUACUGAAUGAAGGGUGAAAGCUUCCUGUUAUGAUCAAACAUGCACUUUCUGAGCUUUGACAUUUCUUCACCAAAUGAGCAACACUUCUGUGUCCCAUUCAUUUAUUUGAAACGUCUGCUCCUGUGGACGUGGGCAGCUCGGCGGUCCGACACCAGCACGUUGCCGUUUCAAACUCAGAGCUCAGCGCCUGUGUUAAACGCUGUGCACUGCAAAGAUAAACACAGAUGCACUUUUUAUAACAUACUGUAUGUCAUACAACAUGCAGUGGGUAUGGAAGCCCAUUACUGCCAAGGGAAAAAAAUACAUUUACAUUACGUUGUGAUAAAAACAAAAAAGGUCAAAAUGAUGAGCUGCUAAAUAAAGUUUUUGACUUACAAUGUUGAUUUGAUAAAUCAGCAUCGCUUUUAGUAUUUUGUCAUGACACAAAGUCAGAAACUAUUAAAAAGGUGUAUGACCAUAAGGUGUUUUAAAGAAAAACUGAACCAAAGUUCUUGUGGAUUCACCACAAGCCUCCUGUCAUUGUCAGAUAUCUAAUGUUCAGCACACAAUGGAGAAAAGCCCCAGCAACAUGCACAAAUAUCUACCGAACUGGUGUGUGGCCUCGAAUACAAACGCGGUUUCAGAUCCGUGUUGUCAAACUGCACAGCUGGAGAAAAACUAUUACUAUGUGCAUAGUGUCAAAUGAGUUCCAUCACGUCAUGUUUAAAUCAGUAAGAGCAGCAGAAAGGCUCCGUCCUAAAGUGGUGAGGACAGUGUUGGUGAAGCCGUGUCCCCUCCAGGGUUUCAACAUGCUAACAGACAGUCGCUGCCUGUGUGUUCACAGCCUAACAAUGAGACACAGCAGGUGGCUGUGGUGUGACUGAGCAGCUUUUCAUAGUGUUGGCACCGUUAUCUCCAUUCAUACUCAUCCAGUGAGGUGGAAUAAAUAAAAUAACGAGGACUAUAAUGAAGGUAAAAACAGCAGCUCCACAUUUCACAUCAAACAGGUCAAAGGGAUCUGGACAAUUUACACAUGAAGAAUUUAAAGAUCGGAAGGAAAAGGCAGUAAAAAAAAAAAAA